UAGAGCCAGUCUGUUGACUUGUACACUAUAUAGCAUUCUUUAUGUUUCAAGAUCUUGAGUUUCUCUGAUCACUAUUUUUUCAAGAAGAUGGCAGAGUUGAAAUCUGGGGUUCUUGUGAAGUUUCUUCAAGAAAUGGAUGUUGAUGGAAACACAAUACGCGAUUGUAAACCUGUGUUGUUACAGAUUAGAAGUAUAAUUCCUGUGUUAAGAGAAGGUAAUCUUUGGCCUAAUCAAGGAUUCUUUUUGAAGAUCUCGGAUUUGACACAUGCAUUGUAUGUUUCAUUGCCUCAAGAACAAGAUGAAUUGAUUCUAUAUGACAAAUUGCAUCUUGGGCAAUUCAUGUAUGUGGAGAAAUUGGAGGCUGCAUAUCCAGUUCCAAUGCUCAGAGGCAUUAAGCCUCUUCCAGGAAGGCAUCCAUGUUAUGGGAAUCCUAAAGAACUUCUCUCGAUUGAUAAUUUGAAAAACUUUCUUGGUGUAUCUAGUUUGGAGACUAUGGUUGAGGAUUGCAUUGAGGUACCGAAGAAGACAGAAACAGAAAAGCCUCGAUCUUUAAGUGUUCCGAAAGUAAGUGCAUAUGAAGGGACAGAUUAUAAAACCGGGGGCCUUAGUUGCAUUACUGAUCAAGGUGGUAAUGAUAUGGUAAGGAAACCAGGCGUAGGAUCUCGCUCCAUUAGUGCUUCAAUAAUAAGCUCACGUGAAGGAAUGCCUGGAAGGGCAACGAAUUACAGGCCUCACAAGAUGGAAGUUGAGAGUGCCUUGAGUCAAAAGCCUAAAAAGAGUGGUGCUGGAAGCAAUUAUAAGGGACUUGCGAGACAUAAAUCCACGAAUGCUUAUGAAGAUAGUGAUAUGGAAAGUACAAUGUCAUUCACCUCUACAUCAUCAACAUUCAAGAGAAGAAGCUGGCAUGGUAGGGAAGCUCCAGCAGUUGAUAUUUCUGACACCCCUAUUGACAAGAAUGAUUUGGGGAUGGAUAAUAGAAGCAGCAGACUUUCUAUUUCGCCAAUUAAUUCGUUAAAGUAUGAUAGCUCUGAUGACAAUUCAAGCUCCAGAUCGAAGAGAACAGUUGUUAGCUUAUCUACAAAAUCAUCCAAGAUUUCCAGCAAGGGUAGUCGUAUCUCAGUGCCAGGAAAAAUAAGUGAAGAUUCUGUUGAGAGAAAAGUGAAUUUCAGUUCGUUAAACAAUAAAAACUCGACAGGCACUAACAUAUCAUGCGAUUUCCUUCCCUCAACUCUGGUGAAACUUGGCCAGGAGGUGUCAAGACAAAGAGACAUUGCUGUGCUUGCUGCUGUUGACGCUUUGCAAGAGGCUUCUGCUGCUGAGAGAUUGCUCAAAUGCCUAAGCUUCAUGCAUGAAGGUUUCUGCAUGACAGGAAUGAACUUAUUUACCCGUCUGGCAACUAACCUUCCUUCUCCCACUUUUCUCAGCACAUACUCCCAGCUUCUGAAGGCGAAGGGGAAUGAUCAGCAACUAUCAGUUGACAAAUUCUUUACUCUUCAAGAUGACUUGAAUAAUACCAGGUUAAUUUUGCAUUCACUAACGAGUAUGGGUCAACGAAGAACAGCUGAUACCGAUCCAAAUGCCCCUGAUGCUGUUGGGGAAGCACUAAGACUCGCAUUAGACAGAAAGCAAAACGCGACUUCAUGGACUAAAGCUGCCGUGGCAUCAGAUCUCAACCCUAUUUCUGAUCACAGCAAAACCAAAACUCUUUUUCUAGAGGCUACGUGUGCAGAAAAAUCAUCAACUAAAUCCAUUCGUGGCAAACGUAAAGGGGGCUUGAUGGCUAGGAAACAGGUAAGCAAUGAUGAAUUGUAUGCUGGGUUGGCACUUGACAUGGACAAGCAACCAGAUUGGGUGAAAGGGAGUGCUUCACCUGUAUGUGCUGAACUAGCAAAUUCCUUGAACGAUGAAAGUAGAACAUGGUUUUUGAGUAACCUUGAGGAAUAUUUAGAUUGGGUCAGUAGCAAAACAAAUUCCAGAAAGUCUGAUAGCCAGGUAGCUGAAAUGAUGUUCAUGAUCAAGAGAGUGAAUGACUGGGUAGAUAAUGUAAGACGCAAAGACGGUUCCACAUUGAAGGAUUCUGAAUUAGAAGCUUGCGGGCGGGUGAGGAACAAAAUAUAUGAGAUACUGUUGAAGCAUGUUGAGAGAACCUGUCAAGAAUCCAAUGGUUGAUCCCGGCGAGAGACAUUAGCGACAAGGUUACCUUGAACGCAACGGUUAGAAGAUGUACUGAGAUUUUCCCAGUUACAGAAGUGCUAUUCUGCCACUAAUGUACGGUGUUGUGGCCAUGGCAGGCAAGAGAAGAGGGGCGGUUCCUCCUUAUUGUUUUCAUUAAAUUCACAAUAGUCCUUAAUAGUCUUAUGAGUUCAAAAUUGCCCCCCGUGACUCCUUGGAAUAUAAUAUUGUUGGAUUCUUUA